AUGGACCCUAUAUUAAUUUUUAUAAGUGAGGACCGCAGAAAGGAGUACAAAAAGACUUUUGACGAUCCUCGUCGCAAACGGGAGGAUAUUCAAUCUCAGAUCAGGAAACAGACGCGUGAUCAGUAUUUACAGAAGCGUAGAUCUCAGGGUUUGAAUCCAGAUAACAACACCAGCAAUGAUCCUUCCUUUUAUCCUACCUCUUUGGAUUCCCACCACGAUCAGAUAAAAGAUAUUGACAAUGAGGAACCUAUCAAUUCCUCUAGCUGGACACCAUCUGCUCUUGCUCUACACGUAAACAAAAUCAAGUCUUCUGACUACCAAACUCAGUUAGAGGCCACGAAAUACUUUCGUAGACUAUUGUCAAUUGAACUUGACCCUCCGAUAGAGCAUAUUGUGAAAACCGGCAUAGUUCCCAUUUUUAUCGAUUUUUUGAGUCGUUAUGAUGCUCCUGAGCUCCAGUUUGAGGCUGCUUGGGCCAUAACCAACAUUGCUUCUGGGAACCAGCAACAGACCAAGGUUGCAACAGACAACGGGGCGGUUCCGAAAUUAAUAGCUUUACUGGAAGCUCCUAAGGAGGAAGUCAGAGAGCAGGCGAUUUGGGCUUUGGGGAACAUUGCCGGGGAUUCUGCACAGUGCCGCGACCUCGUUUUGGGCCUGGGCGCAUUGAAGCCACUUUUGUUCCUGCUCAAUAACACCCAGAGCACUAGUCUUUUAAGAAAUGCCACUUGGACCAUAUCUAACCUAUGCAGGGGCAAGCCUAAGCCGUUUUUCGACGACAUCAAGCCUGCCAUUCCAUUUUUGGCCAAUUUGAUUGAGCACCCGGACACGGAGGUUUUGACUGACGCUUGCUGGGCUCUAUCUUACAUUUCGGACGGCUCAGAGGAACAAAUACAGGCUGUUUUGGACUCAGGAGCAUGCCCUAGGUUAAUUCAGCUGAUGGACCACAUGUUGGCGGUUAUUCAAACGCCGUCACUCAGGACCGUCGGUAACAUUGCCACGGGGAACGACCGCCAGACGCAGCUCAUCGUCGACUACGGCUGCAUCCCAAUACUGUACAAGCUUCUGUUCUCUGAGAAGAAGACGAUAAGAAAGGAGGCGUGCUGGACACUGUCGAACAUUUCUGCGGGGACUAGAGGGCAAAUCGAGUCCUUCCUCCAGUCAAACGUAGUCGAGAAGCUCAUUGACCUCAUGAGCUGCAACGACUUCGACAUUCAGAGGGAGGCGAGCUGGGCAAUCUGCAACGCAGCCUCGGGCGGCGACCUCAAGCAGGCCGAAAACCUCGCCAGCCGCGGCUGCAUCAAGCCCAUCUGCUCCAUCCUCACGUCUUCAGACACUAAGCUGGUGGGCGUCGCCCUCAGGGCUCUGGAGAACAUCCUAACCGUCGGACACCACCUCAUGGAAAUCAAGAACCUUGGCAAGAAUCCGUACAAACAUUUAGUUGUCGAGUGUGAUGGCGUGAGGUAUCUGGACCUUUUACAGGAUAGCAAGCUGACGGCGAUUUACAAAAAGUCCAGGAACAUUCUGGAGCGGUUCUUCUCUAGUGACGACGACGCUGAAGUGGACGACUAUUCUACCGUAGGAUCCCAGUUCAACAGUUUAGUUCCCGACGGAGGCUUCCAGUUUAACUAA